AUGUCCUCAACGCACACUAUCACAGUUCAAGCUCGAGGCUAUCCAUCGCCACAGAAGAAGUCCGGAGCGCUUGAUGGAAAGUUCAAGUUUGAAGAGACAACCCCAGUCAUUGGACGAGAGUAUCCUGAAGUAAACAUCGUCGAUGACAUCCUUGCCGCCUCCAAUGUGGACGAAUUAGUUCGUGAUUUGGCCAUCACCAUUUCUGAACGUGGAGUUGUUUUCUUCCGCGCCCAGAAUAACCUCAGCGAUGAACUCCAAAAGCAACUAGUUCAACGUCUGGGACGACUAGUCGGCAAACCAUCUGAUUCCACACUUCACAUUCAUCCUGUACACAACAAUACGUCGGAAUUUGGUGUGGAUGAUGCCGAGAUCAGUACCAUCAGCUCUCUCGAACGAAAAAGCAUCUUCAAGAAUGAAUCAGGCAACAACAGGACUUCCGGCAACAACCGCUACGGCGCGGCUCAAUGGCACUCUGAUAUCCAGUUUGAACCUGUACCUGCCGACUACACUUCCCUUCGAUUGACAAAGCUGCCGGAUACUGGCGGUGAUACACUAUGGGCCUCUGGGUAUGAAGUCUAUGAUCGCUUUUCUAAAGUGUAUCAAAAGUUUUUCGAAGGACUCACUGCUACCUUCAUUGGAGAAGGUUUCAUAAAGGCUGCCGCUGCCAAUCCUGACAGAGUCAAGUUGUAUGAGAAGGAGCGAGGGAGCCCAAAGAACGUGGGGAAAAAAUUGACUGCUGUUCACCCCGUUGUUCGAACCAACCCAGUCACCGGGUGGAAGAGUAUUUAUGCACUUGGUCCCUUUCCUAGAUAUAUCAAUGAGCUGAACGACGAGGAGUCAAACGAGCUCCUCGCGAAGUUUCGCUCUAUCCUCACAGAGAACCACGAUCUUCAAGUACGGUUCAAGUGGAGGAACGAAAACGAUCUUGCCAUCUGGGACAACCGAAGCGCUUUCCACUGCGCCACACACGAUUAUGAUGGCCUUGGCGAACGGUUUGGCAACCGUGCAGUUGGCAUUGGGGAAGUGCCUUACCUUGAUCCCAGUAGCGAGUCCAGAACUGAAGCAUUGGCGAAGAAAUAG